AAAGAGAUAAAGAAGAAUGAGAAGGAGGAUGAGAAGAAGAAGGCAGGGUCAGUCAAGAUGAAGAGAAAGACUGAGGAUGAGACAGAGGAGACAGAGAAGAUGACAAUGAAGAAGGAGGAGGAGAAAGAGCCACAGCGAUGGAGGUGGUGGGAGGAGAAGGGGUACAAGGAUGGGACUAAGUGGAAGUUCCUGGAACACAAGGGGCCCCUCUUUCCCCCAGAAUACCAGCCCCUCCCUGAUGAUGUCCAUUUCUACUAUGACGGGCAAGCAGUGAAGCUCAGUCCAGCAGCAGAGGAGGUGGCCCUGUUCUUUGUCCAGAUGAUGGAUCACGAGUACACCACCAAGGACGUGUUCCGCAACAACUUCUUCAAGGACUGGAGGAGGGAGAUGACUGUGGAGGAGAGGAUGCUGAUAACUGACCUGAAUAAAUGUGACUUUGGGGAACUCUUCCGUAUGCAUCAGGCGAGGGUGGAGGUCCAACACAACAUGAGCAAGGAGGAGAAACAGGCAAUAAAGGAGGCAAAUCAGAAAAUAACAGAGGAAUAUGGCUACUGCACAUUGGACCACCACCGUGAGCGCAUCGGUAACUUCAGGAUUGAGCCCCCUGGCCUAUUCCGCGGCCGGGGGGACCACCCCAAACAGGGCAUGCUGAAGAGGAGGAUCCAGCCUGAAGACAUCAUCAUCAACUGUAGCAAAGAUUCUCGGGUCCCAGAGCCUCCUGCUGGCCACCGAUGGAAAGAGGUGCGCCAUGACAAUGCAGUGACAUGGCUUGCCAGCUGGACGGAGAACGUGCAGGGGUCCUGCAAAUACAUCAUGCUGGAUGCCAGCUCUAAGCUCAAGGGUGAGAAGGACAGGGAGAAGUAUGAGGUGGCCCGCAGACUGAGCGCCUGUGUGGACCAGAUCCGGUCUCAGUACUACCAGGACAUGAAAUCCAAACACAUGGUGAUCCGCCAGAGAGCUGUGGCCCUCUACUUCAUUGACAAGCUGGCCCUGAGGGUGGGCAAUGAGAAGGAGGUGAGCGAGACAGCGGACACAGUCGGCUGCUGCUCCCUGAGGGUGGAGCACAUAACCCUGCACGAGGAGCUGGAGGGAGAACAGCAUGUGGUGGAGCUCGACUUUCUGGGCAAGGACUCCAUCCGCUACCACAACAAGGUCCCUAUCGCUAAAAGGGUUUUCAAAAAUCUGAAACAUUUCCUGGAGAACAAGGAGAAAGGAGAUGAGCUGUUUGACCGCUUGACAACAUCCAUGUUGAAUAAAUAUCUGAGCUCUCUGAUGCCUGGCCUGACUGCCAAAGUGUUUCGGACCUACAAUGCCUCUGUAACCCUUCAGCAGAAGCUUAGAGAGCUGUCCCAGAUGUCACACAGCCAGGCUGAGAAACUGCUCUCCUACAACAGGGCCAACCGUGCAGUUGCAGUGCUCUGCAACCACCAGCGAGCAGCGCCAAAGACCUUUGAGCAGUCCAUGGUCAACCUGCAGGCAAAGAUUGACUGUAAGAAAGAGCAGUUGGCCCAGGCCAAGACUGAGCUAAAACAGGCCAAGAGGGAGGCCAAGGCAUGCCCAGACAGACAGCUGCAGGACAUGGUGGAGAAGAAAAGGAAGGCCAUCCAGCAUCACCAGGAUCGGCUACUGAAUUUGAUCAUUCAGGCCACAGACAGAGAGGAGAGCAAACAGAUUGCUCUGGGAACCUCCAAACUCAACUACCUGGACCCACGUAUCAGCAUCGCUUGGUGCAUGAAAAUGAAUGUGCCCCUGGAGAAAAUUUAUAACAAAAGCCAAAGAGAUAAGUUUGCCUGGGCUAUUGACAUGACCGAACCAGACUUUGAAUUCUGA